AGGCGCAGAUAAUGAACUCCCUGAACCAGCAGUAUGAGGAGAAGGUGCGUCCCUGCAUCGACCUGAUCGACUCCCUCCGCUCCCUGGGAGUGGAGAAGGACCUGGAUCUGCCUGCCAUAGCCGUGAUAGGAGACCAGAGCUCCGGGAAGAGCUCGGUGCUGGAGGCGUUGUCAGGAGUGGCACUGCCGAGAGGAAGUGGAAUUGUCACGAGAUGUCCUCUCGAGCUGAAGAUGAAGAGAAGGAAAGAAGGUCAGGAGUGGUAUGGAAAGAUCAGCUACAGAGACAACGACAAGGAGGAGCUGGAUGAUCCUGCAACUGUGGAGGAAAAAAUUCGAGAAGCACAGACAGAAUUGGCUGGAGAGGGUUGUGGGAUCAGUGACGAACUCAUCACUCUGGAAAUUGCCUCCCCGAAUGUCCCGGACUUGACUCUGAUCGACCUUCCUGGUAUUGCCAGGGUAGCCGUGAAAGGACAACAUGAGAGAAUCGGUGAUCAGAUCAAGAAACUCAUCGAGAAGUUCAUUAAGAAGCAAGAAACCAUCAGUCUGGUGGUGGUUCCAUCGAAUGUGGACAUAGCGACCACAGAAGCUUUACAGAUGGCUAAGCAGGUUGAUCCAUUUGGAGAGAGGACUUUGGGUGUCCUGACUAAGCCCGACUUGGUGGACAAAGGCACGGAGGAGACGGUGUUGAAUACCGUCCACAAUGAAGUCAUCCCUCUGAAGAAGGGCUACAUGAUCGUCAAGUGCAGGGGCCAGAAGGAGAUUUUAGAGAAUCUUUCUCUUGCAGAGGCACUCGAGAGAGAGAACGCCUUCUUUAAUGAUCAUGCAUAUUUCCAGCCUCUGUUGUAUGAAGGUCUGGCCACUGUCCCCAAACUAGCAGAGAAACUCACCCUUGAGCUGGUGAAUCACAUCCAGAGAUCUCUGCCUAAACUGGAAGAGCAGAUGGAAACUAAGCUGAAAGAGACUCAGGCAAAGUUGGAUAAAUUGGGCUUUGGACCACCAUCUGAUUCCACUGAGAGACUUGGUUUCCUUAUCGAUAGGGUGACGGCAUUCACACAGGAUGCUAUUUAUCUUAGCAAAGGGGAGGACAUAAGAUGUGGAUACAAGUCCAAGAUGUUCUCCACACUCAGACAACAGUUUCAAGUUUGGAAAACAAUUAUUGACAAUUCUGGAACCACAUUCAACUGGAAUAUUCAGAAGGAGGUGGCCCUGUAUGAACGCAAGUACCGCGGGAAAGAGUUGCCAGGCUUCAUCAACUAUAAGACGUUCGAGGCCAUGGUGCAGGAGCAGAUCAAACAGCUGGAAGAGCCUGCGGUCAUAAAACUCAAGGAGGUGGCAGAACUUGUGAAGAAGGAGCUACUUGGACUGGCCCACAGGAGCUUGGUUGGCCUGCCUAACCUGAUCAGAACAGCUAAGAUGAAGAUCGAAGCCAUCAGUAACGACAAGGAAGCCUUGGCAGAGUCCAUGCUGCGGACCCAGUUUAGGAUGGAGCUGAUCGUUUACACUCAGGACUGCAGAUACAGCAAGAAGUUGGGGAAGAGGAAGAGAGAAGAUGGCGCCGUUAAUUGUGAUGCUGGAGCCAACCUGAAGGAGAUGAUGAGACACCUGAAAUCCUAUUACCAAAUUGCUGGUCAGCGUCUGGCCGACCAGAUCCCCCUGGUGAUCCAGUACCAGAUGCUACAGGAGUCUGCCAUCCAGCUGCAGAGAGACAUGCUGCAGAUGCUUCAAGACAAGGAGAAAAUGGAGCUGCUGCUGCAAGAGGACGGAGGCAUAAAAGACCACAGGAUCCACCUGCACGGCUCCAUCAAACGCCUCUCCAAGGCCCGCAUUCUGCUGAGUGAAUUCAGCAUGAACAUAUAUGACUUCAACUCCACACAGGUUUAGCGUGUUGCAUGAAAUCAGAAGUUUCACUUGAUGGAUUUUUAGGAAAAGUCUGUCUACAAAAAGUAAUCUGAAAAAGCUUGUUCAUUUAAGAUGUCUUCUAUAUAGAGUUAAGUUUUUUUCAUUAUUUUUAUUUAACAGAAUGUUGCUAGCCAUAUUUCUAGGUGUUUUUUUUUCUCAGUAAGCCUGUGUGUCAAAUAGUGCUUUAUUCUCGUAAAAGUGGGGAUUGUUUUCAAUGCAUCUCCUACUUUUUAUUUUCUUGUAUUUUCUGUUUAACCACUUAUAUUUGCCUUUUGUUGCAAUGAAUGCAUAACAUUUAAUAAAGCAAAGGAAGGAGGGCUGAAAUCUUA